AUGGCGGUGCAGGAGAAACAAGAUUUGAGCGAUGGAGGACAGGUUGAUGAUGGAGCACAUGAGGUGAUUAAAUGGAAAAGACCAGAACCAAGGUCUCUUAAGAUGAAUGUUGAUGCAGGGUGGACAAGGGCAAACGGGCAAGGAUAUGGCCUGGUGGUUCGUGACCAUGAGGGGGAGUGCUUAUUUGCAUCAGUUAGCUUCUCCCCAUACCGGUUGAGUCCGUUACUCGCAGAAGCGAUGGGACUACGGUGGGCACUGGCUGAAGCGUUGCGCAUGGAAAUGGAUGCUGUGAUUGUGGAACUAGACUCAACAGAAGUUAUUUCAUGUUUGGUAGGUAGAAAGUGUGUGGCUAACUUAGAACCUAUUAUUCAAGAUUGUAGGGACCUUGCUGUUAAGUUUAUUUCAUUCAGUAUUAUUCACACUAAGAGGGAAGGAAAUAGAGUAGCACAUAAACUAGCUUCUGAUAUGUAA